GCUGGUCUCAAACCUGAUGGUUUCUGGGUCAUCACAGUCGGACAAGAAGUGGGCAUUUUCUACCACUGGUAUGUGGCUGAUGUCGCGGAACGCACGAAUUUCAUCAGCGGGAAUGUUCAGAAACGUUACCCAUCAUUCCAGGAAGCUCUCAAGGUCUACACUGUUAAAUUUAAUGAAGGCGGUGUGCACGCAGUCCCCAUUCCAGGAGGCCCAUUCUGGCCAUCCUCUCCUUCACCCUCACUGUCAGCGGAGUCAGAUGAAAUGUGGUCACAGGUUGAUGAUCUGUCCGAGACCAUGAGCCAGUUUGGAUUUUGA